UAAGCUUCGAAUGGGGGAGAGAGGACGAAGAGCUCGAGGGCUCACUCCAAUGGCGACGAAGAAUGUUCUUCGAUUCCUUUAGCCACGUUUCACGCCCUAAAAUGCUGUGCUUGCAUCCCAUUGCCCACCGGCCUUUCGUCCCUUCGCCUUCGCGAAUCGCUCCCAGUGUCUCGCACCGUGCCGGCAUUGGCUUCGCUGUGUGCUCGUCCCAUUCCAACCCCAGAAUCCUCAAGCCCAACCGUGGCUAUUUCUAUGACGAUGAUGAUGGCGGGAGCGAAUUGGAAGAGUACCCGCCCUUCGGCGAUGACUUUGACUUGGAAGAGCUCACUAGUAAUAGACAUUCUGAUAAAAAGCCCACAAAUUUCUAUUCCCUGGUUCCUAAUAAGAGACCAGGCAGUCAGAAACCACCAAGGAAAGACAAAGUGAUUCCUGCAAAAAUUAGUUCUAGAGACCUCAGUUAUAUCAGUGGUUCUACAACAAAACCUAAUCAAAUAGAUUUGUCUACAAAAGAGAAGGUUGAGCACGGAAAGUUCACAUUGAGUAGAUUCCAGAAACUGGCUGAAGAAUUAGACUUUGAUGAAAAAUGGUUUCCUCUAAUUGAGUACUUGAGCACAUUUGGCCUCAAAGAAACUCAUUUUAUUUCCAUCUAUGAGAGGCAUAUGCCUUGCCUUCAGAUAAAUUUGGCAUCUGCUAGGGAAAGGUUGGACUUUUUGAUUGGCAUUGGUGUGAAACACAGAGACAUCAAACGGAUUCUGCUGAGGCAACCUCAGAUUUUGGAAUACACUGUAGAGAAUAAUCUGAAAUCUCAUGUCUCCUUUUUACUGGAUAUAGGGAUUCCCCAAUCGCGAAUAGGACAAAUAAUUACUGCUGCUCCUUCAUUGUUCUCUUACAGUGUUGAACUCUCUCUCAAACCGACAAUUAGGUAUUUGGUUGAAGAAGUCAGUAUCAAAAGAAGCAAUUUGAGCAAAGUCAUUCAGCUGAGCCCCCAAAUUCUGGUUCAGCGGAUUGAUAAUUCCUGGACUUCUCGAUUCUCCUUUUUAUCAAAGGAAUUGGGGGCACCCAGAGAAAGCAUUGUGAAGAUGGUUACCAAGCACCCACAGCUCCUUCAUUACAGCAUUGAGGAUGGGAUAUCACCAAGGAUUGAUUUUCUUAGGAGCAUUGGCAUGCGUAAUUCUGAUAUUCUGAAAGUUCUAACCAGUCUUACUCAGGUGCUAUCUUUGUCUUUGGAGGAUAAUUUGAAGCCUAAAUAUCUCUAUCUUGUAAAUGACCUUAACAAUGAAGUGAAGUCCUUGACCAAGUAUCCCAUGUACCUGAGCUUAUCUUUAGAACAGAGGAUUAGACCCCGCCACAGGUUCUUGGUUUCACUGAAAAAAGCUCCAAAAGGUCCAUUUCCCCUCAGCUCAUUGGUACCCACCGAUGCAAGUUUUUGCCAACAGUGGGCAGGAACUACGUUGGAGAAGUACUUAGCAUUCAGACAAAGUUUACUACUCUCAGACUUAGCAAAGAAAUACGAAAGGAGACGAUAACUCACCACUUGUGUCUUGAUUUGGCACUGAGGUUAUCAAUAAAAAGUUUUGGAAAAAUAGAGUGAACUUAUUGUUAUUAUACUGACCUUGAUCUAUGUCAAACAUGGUUCUUCUGCUAUUAUAAGAAAUAAGAUGCUUGGAGUUACUAUCAUGGGGAGACUCAUUUACAAGUGUUGAAUAUUAGCCAGCAAAUUAUCACAAGGAUCAUACCAAAAAUGUACAUUUUCUUUUUUCUCUCUAUGAUCAAAUUACUACAGUUUUAUGUAGAUGAAAACUUUUUAUGGAAGUUAUGCAUGAACAAUUUAUAGUGUUUGCUUUGAAUACAUUUGUGAAAAUAAAUAAAAUUUAUAUUUCUCAUUCU